GUACUACCGUUCUCCCGCUUCUGUCUCUGAUACCCGCCGCCACGUACUAAAGCCUAAACCUCUUUCUUGCUUGAACCAGAAAACCCUAAACAUCUCGUCUCGUACGAAGAAGAUGGGGCGGAAGAAGAAGUUUAUCGACAAGAAGAACUCCGCCACCUUUCAGCUUCUUGCCCGCGAUUCCUCCUCCUAUCCCGCCGCCGCAUCCGCCCCCGCCGACGGCGGAGCAGCGGCGUCCGACCGCGUCUUCGUGCGGGUCGACAACAAUCCCUACUCCGUCCGCGGACUCCUCGAAAAGGACGAUUAUGACGACGGCGGCGGCCGGGAGAUCAUCCCCGAGGUCGAUGAUCCCAACUCCAUCUUCGCCGAUGCGCCGGGCGACACCGACGACGAGGGGAGCACCCCGCCGCCGUGGAUCGGCGCCGGCGGCGGCGCAUCCCGGGGUCGCACUGAGAGCACCCUUCCGGACCACGUGAGGAGGGAGAUUUUGGAGCUGGGGCUCCCCGACGAUGGUUAUAAUUACCUCAUCCAUCUCCGCGAGAUCAAGAAUGCCGGCGGUGGGUCCUCCUACUACCAUAACAGCAAGGCCAGGCUCGAUCGGGUUCCGCUCGAUGUUAAGGCCUAUGAUGCCUCAAGGCUUCGAAUUAGCUCUGGGGUUGGUGAUGAGUCGAGUGGGGAUUCAAUCUAUACUGUUGCUUCGAAGACUGUUGGCGUUAAGGUUCAGAAGGCGGCGGAUCCCGAUGUGGCAAAGCUGCUGGAUGAUGAUGAUCUGUCACGGUUUGGGUCGGAUGUGGAGGACUUGGAGGAGGAUUUCGUGGUCAAGGCAAAUCUUCCUGAAGGAGAGGACGAAGUAAAUGAGGAGGAGGAGGAGGCACCGAGAGGUGGUGAGAAGGUUGCUGCCAAAGAAGAGGUUGGCGUGGCAAGAGAUAGCCGGUGGGCAGAGCAGGAGAGUGAAUUUGCUCAGGGAAAUGGAGAAGAUGAACUUAAGGGUGGUGAAAAGCCAAGAGUUCGUCGACUUCUGGAUGAGCAAUUUGAUCUUCUCACACUGCAAGAAUACGGCAAUGACAGUGAAAGUGAUGAUGCUGUUUAUGUAGAUACUGAACGUGAAUUGCUUGCUAGCAAGAUUAAAAAUGCCCUUAAAGAGUAUGCAAUGGAUGAUUUGGAACUUGAGGACAAGUAUAGAGUGCCAGGGGAUUAUGUGCAUGGUCAUCAAGUGCCAAGCACAGAAACACAGCUGGAUUCAUCUGCUGAUGUUAUCCGCAGGUGUGCACAGUAUGCUGAACAGUACUGUAAUGAAAGCCAAGAUGAUGAAGAGAUUGUGGUUGCGGAGGAAAGUAGUGAAGAAUCUGAAGUAUGGGACUGUGAGACUAUUGUUUCUACAUAUUCCAAUCUGGACAAUCACCCUGGAAAAAUACAGGCUCCUGAAAAUCCUAAAAGGCAUAUUCCAAAAAAUUUUCCUGGAGAUUCGGUUGCUAAGAGUAAUGUGAUUGCACUUCGAGGAAAAGAAAAGCUUCCGCUGGAGUACUUACCACAAACGAAAAAAACUGGUGAAAAUUUAAAAAAAGCAGUAAAAUCAGAUGCUGACAAGCCAAAGAGGAGACAGCAUGGGGAAUCAAAAGAAAACAAGAAAGAACGCAAGGCCGCUGUAAAAGAAGAGAGAAGAGAAGCACGAAGAGCAAAGAAAGAACUGAAAGGCCUGUACAGAGGUGAAGCCCAGAGAGCUCAGAAGGUUGCUGCUGUUUCAGGGCCAUCUUCUAUGCACCUUAUGUAACAUCCAAUUUGGUUGGCUGUGACUUAUUCUUUCAUGACAAGAUCAAGAAAAGACUUGGAACAAGUAGAAAAGUUGGAUGUAGUCGAAGUCUGCUGCUGCACUUGCAUGCCAAACUUACCGUGUUUGCCCAAGCAAGCAGCCCAAUACGUGAUGCCGUCAAAAGUUUUCUACUAUAGCACUUGGGGCAAAAUCAUGUUUGUUCUGUUUUCAAACUAAAGCACAGGUUGUUGAACUUGUUGUAAUGCCGUCAGCAGCACUGUCUAGCAUACUGGCGUGGUUGUGUCUUUUUUUUUUUUUUUUUGUCUUUUCUGGGGCAUGUCAUCCAGUUGAUAUGAGAUCGCUAGAUGGAAGUUGCUGUGUCCCAGUCAAUUUCCCAGAACGAAGUUCCAAUCCUCUGGUUCACAGCAUUUUGUUUGGUUGCUUGUGUUCUCAAUGAAAUUUUGGAAUGAAACAAUAAACUAUCCUAAGGGUAAGGAUGCAUAAUUUUUCA